GGCACAAUGCAGACUGUCCUAUUCGUUGCUUGUCUGGUAGCCGUGGCUGCGGCGGGGACCAUCCCCAAGCCUGAAUUCGAAGCCAAGACUGUUGACAAUGAGUUCAUCGCCAAGCAGAGGAAGGUGCUGUCCCUGCUGCAGCACAUCACGCAGGUGAACGUGGACGCCGAGUACUACAAGAUCGGCAAGGAAUACGACAUCGAGCACAACUUCGAGCACUACACCAACAAGAAGGCCGUCGAGGAGUUCCUGACCUACUACAGGCAUGGUAUGCUCCCCCAUGAUGCCAUCUUCUCCGUCUACAACGAGGAGUGCAGGGACGAGGCCAUCGCCCUCUACCACCUGUUCUACUACGCCAAGGACUUCGAGACCUUCUACAAGACCGCCGCUUGGGCCCGCGUCUACCUCAACGAGGGACUCUUCGUCUACUCCUUCAGCAUCGCCGUCCAGCACCGUGACGACACCACCGGAAUCGUCCUCCCCGCUCCCUACGAAGUCUACCCCUACUACUUCGUCAACUCCGAUGUCAUCGCCAAGGUCCAGGGCAUCAAGAUGCAGCGCUUCUUCAUCCCCAAGUGGGUCGCCCCUUACUUCAGCAUUGUUGAGGAGAACAACGUUUUCAACAUCGGCGCCAACUACUCCGGCUGGUUCAACAACGUAAACCAGGAACAGAAGCUGUCUUACUUCACCGAAGACAUCGGCCUUAACACUUACUACUACUACUUCCACACCAGCAUGCCUUUCUGGAUGAACGGUGAGGAAUUCGGAGUCCUGAAGGAACGCAGGGGAGAGAUCUACUUCAACUUCUACCAGCAGCUGUUGGCCCGUUACUACUUCGAGCGUCUGACCAACGGACUUGGUGAGAUCCCCGAGCUGUCCUGGAGGUGGCCCAUCAAGACCGGCUAUGUGCCCCACAUGGUCAACCACAACCUGCAGCCAUUCGUGUCCAGGAACAACUACUACCAGAUCCAGAACGAAGACAACAUGCGCGACCUCGAAUACUUGGAAUCCUACGAGAAGCAGUUCCUGCAAUACCUGGAAGCUGGCAAAUUCAAGGCCUACAACAAGGAAGUCGACUUCAGCGACUACAAGUCCGUCAACUUCGUCGGAAACUUCUGGCAAUCCAACGCUGACCUCACCACCCCCAGGAACUUCGAGCAGUACUACGAGAUUCUCGCCCAGGUCCUUCUUGGCGCUGCCCCCAAGACCUCUGGCAAAUACUCCACCGCCCCCAUCGUCCUGAAGCACUACCAGACCGCUCUCCGCGACCCCGUGUUCUUCCAGCUGUACAAGCGCAUCCUGUACUACUUCCUGCAGUACAAGCAGUACCUCGAGCCCUACACCAGGGAGACCCUCGAAUUCACCGGCGUCAAGAUCAACGACGUUAAGGUCGACGACCUCGUCACCUACUUCGACUACUUCUCCUUCAACGUCUCCAACGCCGCUUUCUACAGCAAAGAGGAGCUCACCAACGUGCCUUACUCUUACCUGGUCCGCCAGGCCCGCCUCAACCACAAGGCUUUCGACGUCAAGAUUGAGGUCAAGUCUGACAUCGCCGCUGACGCUAUGGUCAAGAUCUUCAUGGCUCCCAAAUACGACAGCAACGGCUACCCCAUCACCCUUGAAGACAACUGGAUGAACUUCUUCCAGCUGGACUUCUUCAAGACCAAGCUGAACCAGGGCAAGAACGACAUCGUCCGCAACUCUGAGGACUUCUUCUACUUCAAGGAGGACUCCGUCUCCACCAACGAGCUGUACCGCUACCUGGACAACGGAAAGGUCCCCACUGACAUGUCCGAGUACUACUUCCUGCUGCCCAACAGGCUGAUGCUGCCCAAGGGUACCCACUCUGGCUUCCCCUUCCAGUUCUUCGUGAUGGUCUACCCCUACGUGCCUGCCCAGGACGCUGGUGACUACAAGAACUACAUCCUCGACAACAAGCCCUUCGGCUACCCGCUGGACCGCCCCGUCGACGAGCUGUACUUCUACCAGCCCAACAUGUACUUCCAGGAUGUGUUCAUCAAGCACGAGGGAGAGGAGAACGUGCACCAGUACAUGGUCCCCAAACUCGACCACCUCAAGAACGUUGUUGCCAAGCACUAAGAGGAGAGAGAAAGAGCUAUGUGAUGCCGAAACAUUCACGCUUGUGAAUAUAUAGAUUACCUACCUAUUUAUUAUAUAGUAAUGUGUGUAUGUAUGAUUUUCCAUCUUAAUGUAUCAAUUGUAAAAUAAAAAUAAUACUUAUAUUAAU